CAUUAGUUAUUUACCAUGUUUAUUCUUGUCUCUAGGAAUUUCCAUGUCUGGAAUGAAAGCUGGUUUACCCGAAGUGACCUGGGGGCCUCCUACAAUGGAUGGCAAAUUCUGGAUGCAACUCCCCAGGAGAGAAGUGCAGGAAUAUUUCAGUGUGGUCCUGCUUCACUUGUAGCCAUCAAAGAGGGUGAUGUAGACCUGGACUAUGACUCUCCAUUCAUAUUUGCUGAGGUGAAUGCAGAUCGUAUCACCUGGACUUACGACAUUAGGACUAGAGAGGCAAAGCCAAUCUCUUCUGAGACCAAGUCAGUUGGCCAGUUCACCAGCACCAAGGCAGUAGGCAGUUAUGCCCGUGUAGAUGUCACUAAUAAUUACAAGUAUAGAGAAGGCUCUCAGAAGGAAAGAGAAGUGUAUGAAAAGGCUCGUACAAAGCUGGGUCGAGUACAUGGUUUCAGUGCCACAUCAGAGAAGCGACCAGAAAUUGAUCAAAAGCCUGAAAUUUCAGGGAAGUUCAAGGUGGAUGGCUCCUUAGAGAUCGGCAAGGAUGUCAGCCUAAUCUUGGUUCUCAGAAAUUUGACCUCUGAUGCUAAGACUGUAAAGGCAAAUAUGACUGCUUGGACCAUUGUGUACACUGGGAAGCCAAUUCAUGAGGUCUGGAAAGACUCCUUUUCAUCUACUCUUGCUUCUGAAGAAGAGAAACAGUUUCCCAUUAAGAUAACAUAUGCUGAGUACCAGCAAAAUUUAACAAGAGACAACAUGAUUCGAGUAACAGCUUUGUGUCAAAUUGAAAGUGGGAUUGAUGUGGUGGUGGAAAGAAACAUCACUCUGGAUAACCCUGACCUUGUCAUGCAGGUGCUCAGUGAUGCAAAAGUGAAUGAACCAGUGAAUGUGGAAGUGAUAUUUACCAAUCCUCUCGACCAAGAGGUGAAAGACUGCGUGCUGCAGGCAGAAGGCAGUGACCUGCUGAAAGGAAAGCUCAAGAUAGAAAUGCCCUCACUACAGCCCAGGCAGAGUUCCAAAGUACCGUUUGAAAUCAUUCCCACCAAAAGUGGAACCAAGCAGCUGCUCAUUAAUUUCUCCUGUGACAAGUUUCCAGAUGUCAAAGCAUUUGAGACCAUAAAUGUGGCCAACUGAUUAUAAGAUGUGCAGUUGUCAGUCUGUCUGUAUAACUUUGAGUGAAAUAGUGCAAGAAAGCUCCUGUCUUCUGUGAACAAUUAGUAAAUCAGUCUAUUUUUGCUAUAGAAACAAAAUCCACACCCUGUCUGACAGGAAUUAUCCUGUUACAUAGUUUUAUCAAAUUCAUGGCUGUGAAAAAACAUGUCAUGGACCAUGAAAUCUGGUCUUUUGUGUAUUUUUACCCCAUACUAUACAUAUUUCACAGGGGAGACCAACAUUUCUCAAACUGGGGGUCCCACCUCAAAAGAGGGUUGUGGGAGUAGUCAAAGAUUACUGUUGGGGGUGGGGGUUGCAGUAUUGCCACCUUUACUUCCAUGCUGCCUUCAGUGCUAGGUGGCUGGAGAGCAG